AUGUGCUUCGUUUGUUCGUGCCUAUGUUCUCUUUUGCACCAGGAGUUGCACCACCUGCAAGGCGUUUUCGAUAAUUUUCAGGCCACGUCGGCGGAGCGUGCGUACGACUCUUCAGAGCGGACCGCCUCCGCCUUCGUGCGGGAGAGGCAAAGGGCGUCGCUGCGCGCCGCCAUCUGGCAAUGGAGAGCAAUCACCCUCAGGGCGUCGUCGGAAUUGGGGACGGCGAUGAUGCUGGCGGAUAGGCUCAAGCUCCGGCAAGCGAAGCGUAGAACUCUGCGCCACUGGGCCCGACAAGCCGCCGCUGCUGCCGCCGCCGCCGAGUCGGCCGCUCUGGCUAGGGCAGAGGCCGAAGGGGUCAGACUGAACGCCGCGGCGGUGCUCACGGAGGCGUUGUCCCGCGGGCGGCGGCGGAGCUUGGAGCGGGGAGUUGGCAAGCUUCGGGAUGGGGUUGAGGCGUCUCUGAUGAAGGCGUCGUCGAGAGAAACCACGGCUACCGCCCUCCGCCGCCUGGCACGACUCAGGCGGCGCCGGCAGUUGUCGGGGGCCAUGCGGCGCUGGGGCGGGGUUGUGUCCGCGGAGCAGGCGCUGGGGGGGCUUGGUGGGAGGGUGGAGAGGGUCGUGAGGAGGGCGAGGGUUGCGCGGGCCGUGCGAGUGUGGUGUCUCAUGGCGUGGAAGGCCUACGGUGUGUCCCGCCGCAUCCAGCUCCGCUCCGCCCGCUCGUUCCUGCUCGCGCAAAACCGUCGCGCGGUCCGCGGCGCGCUGGUCGCCUGGAGGGAAGGGAGAAGACGGCGCGCGGAGGCCGCCCGGAAGCUGUGGCACCUGGGGAGGGCCUGCAGGACGGCUGCGCUUAGGGAGGGGCUGCGGCGGCUGAAGGUGUCGGCCAGGGAGAAGGAGCGCCGAGAGGCGGCGACGAUAGUGUCUAGCGCGAAGCUGGAGACGGAGGAGAUGCGGCGAGAGCGGGACGGGAUGGGCUCCAGGCUGACCGAGGCCACCGAUGAGAUACACCGGGCGGCGAGGCAGCGGGCCAAGGUGGAGAAGGAGCUGGCGCGGCGGCAGCGGCUGGCGUUCGGGCGGGAGUGCUUCGCGGCUUGGAAGGCGGUCGCGCAAGCCGAACAGAGGAAGAAGGCGUGUCUGGUAAAGCUGGUGCGUCGAAAACAUGACGGGUUUCUGCACAAGGCGUUGUGUUCGUGGAGGGACGAGACGAGGGACGCCGCGUACCUGGAGAUGGUGGAGAGGGUAGUCACCAGAAACGCGCGCCGGAAGUUACUGCAGACAACCCUCAGAGCGUGGUCAGAAGGGGCAAGACGCCGCCGCCGCUUCGCCGCAACGUUCUGGCGGGCGGCGCGGGCGGUAAGGAGCCUCGAGAAGCGGCAGCAGCAUGUGGCAUUCUUGGCGUGGAGAGUCGCGGCCGUGAACGAAACGAGGAGAGCCGCUGACAUAUCGGGCGCUUGCGCGAGGUUGAGGGCCGUCCGGAAGCGACCAGGACGGCUGCAACUGGCCAGCUCCUUCAGCAUCUGGGCCAGGCUCUCCGCCGCUUCCUCCCACUCGGAUCGCCACGCCGAGAUCGCCGCGUGCGCGAAGCGCCAAAGAGCCGUCCGAACGUGCUUCUCCACCCUAAGGUCCAACGCCUCGCUGCGCCAAAGGACUCGCCGGGCCCUCUCCUCCCUCGACCGGCGCUGCAGCCUGAGCCAGCUGGCGAGGGGCUGGGGCGCCAUGCUGAGGGCGGCGGCGACCGCUUCCGCGGAGAGGCGGUCCGGCUUGAGGCUUAGCAGGGCGGAGGCGGCGGUGGCGGCGGGAAGGCUGGCGACGAGAGCGAGGGCGCACCGAACGGCCCGGAGGCUGCUCGGGGUGGCGAGAGGUCGCGCCGCCCUCGAGGCGUUCGUGGCGUGGAGGGGGCUCGUGAGGGAGGGGAGGGGCGCGCGCUUGGGAGCGGCAGCGCUGGCGGCAAGGUGGCGAGGAGAAGCCCGCGCCUCGUCGAGGCUCAGAUCGCGCGCUCUCUCCCGCAUCUCCCAGGCGGCCCAGGGUCUCGUAUCGGAGGCGUUUUCGACGUGGAGGGAAGGGUCCCGGAUUGCUCACGGCAAGGCCAAGGCUCUGACGGCGCUGGCGAGGGCUUCCGACCGGAGGCGGUCCGACAGAGCGGAGAUGCGGCUGGCGCUGAGGACGUGGACACGGAACGCUUGCGGCGGUGAUGGUGACGGUGGUGGCAGGCGUAGUGGCGACGGAGAACCUAGGGGCGGUGGGAUGGAAGACGGCUUGGAAGCGGUGGCGGGGGUGUUCGUGGAAGCGGCGGCCGCUUUUUCGACGGCUUCUUCGAUCCCGGAAGUGUUCACGCUCGUGGAAGAUUUCGUUUCGGAGGUGGCUAUUUCAUCGCGGGGGCGUUUGCUCCUGCUGAAUGGCGAGCCCGGGGGUGGCAUGUUUUGCCUCGAGUCCGACCGGCGGGCACCGCCCGACCAAGACCCUUUGGAGGCGUCGUUUCCCAUCGGCAACGGACUCGUCGCUCGGUGCGUCGCGACCGGCCUUGCCUUCCAAACGCGGCGUGGCGGAAACGGGAGCACUGGUGGCGCAUCUCCCCCCCGCUCGUCCCGCCGUCUCUACAGCACCAGCGGAGCGCUCGAUGUCGCUCUGGCGGGUCCCGCGGACCUCCACGCCCUCCCGCUGCAGGAGAGGUACGAUCCCGAGUCACCUUCUCACCGUGCCGCUGAAAACGGCGCGCACGCACAGCCGCUGUCUAUGUCUUUCCAAGGCUGGAAGAAGAAGGCGGUCACAGGCCCCAUCCCUGACAGCGCGUCGACGCUGCUUCCGCCGCCUGCUUCUUGGAACCACCGUCGCAGCCGUUCGCCGGAUGGGUCGCCGGUUCUCGGUGUUGGCGGCAGCGGGCGCGGGCCGUCCCGCUUGGCCUUUUUCCCGGCCAGUGACGACUGCGAGUCGUCGCGAUCUCCUUCCCCUGCUGGCCGUGCUGGUGCCGGUGCCGGUUCUGCUAGGGGUUACGGGUUCGUGUCGAAGUCGCCUCCGCCGAGAGGGGGCGGGCGGUGGUGGAGCGAGUCCGAGUCUCCGUCUCCGAGGCGGCGGCGGCAGCGGCAGCGGCAGCGGUCUCCUUCUCCCGUGAGGGCUGGGGGGAUCGGGAUGGGAGGUCGAGAGAAGGAGGAAGAGGAGGCGGAGGAGGAGGAAGACGCGGAUCUGUUGUUCGUUGCGUGUUUGCCCGUUGCGUGCGGGGACGGAGGUCAGGCCAUGAUGGGAGUGCUCAAGGCAAGCGAAAGUUGGCUACUGGCAUGGAGAGAGCAGCAGCACAGAGGGGAUGAGGGUCAUCGGCCGCCGGAUAAGGGCUUUUCCGGCGGAGAGAUGGCUGCCCUCGCUGUUGUGGCCGGACAGGCGGCCGCGGCGCUUCGACGGGUAGGAGCCGCAGCGAGUGAGAGAGAGGAGGUGUUGCAGGAGCUGGACGCGGCGGCAGCAGACAGGGUCGACGAGACACAGAAACGGGAGGAGGCGGUCAAGGAAGAGAUGAAGCACUUGCGCGAGGCUAUGGAACACUUAUCGGGGAGCGCAAAGGGACUCGCGAGACAGAGAGAUGAAGCUCGGGCCGCGCUGGCAAGGGCUAAAGGAACACUACGGCGCAUGGUACCGGCCCUCCGGGAAGCCCGCGACCGGCAGCUUGGGUUCCGGCACUACCACGACCUAAUCGUCAACAUGUCGAAGAACGUUCUGCAGGAUGGCGAUGGGGCCAACCCGGAAGCCGACCACGAGCGAGGCCGGAAGGGUACCGUUGCCCCGCCACCAUGUCACGCCGAUGGUGGCGGGGGUGGCAACGGCAGCCAACGGUGUUGUCGUGCCGCUAGUGUCGGCAGUCAUACCCGCCAUAACAACAACGGCAGCACCGGUGAAGACAUGGGUACAAGGGGCAGUAACCCGGGGGCUAGAAGCACUAACGCUACUUUUGGUAGCGAGGGUGGCGGCGUUUCCGAAACCCCAGGCAGACAAGGCUCAAGGCUUGCCGCUGGUGGUGGAAAUGCUCCCCUCAGCGAAUGUGGGUUCAAGGUAUCACCUUCUUCUCCCAGGGAUAAGGUGGCGGCAGCAGUGCCAUUUGCUCGAAGUGGAGACGACGGGGGUAGGGACAGAUUUGACCCAGCAAUUUUGACCGUUUUGCGGGAGACUGCGGCUGCCGGAGGCGGGUCGAGGGUGGCGGCGGGGGCGGGUACGCUGAUGCGGGAUAGGGGUAGAUCUCGAGAGCGGCAACGGCGGACGUAGUGGUAAACCAGAGUGGGCAAGAAACUCGAAGUAUCCAUUGGAGCGCGUGCAACGGGCAGGGCAGAACAAACUUUGUAUGUACCAUUAAGUGUGGUUGGGGCUAGGAUGGUAUUUAUAAUCUUACAGUGGCGUUACCGCUCCAGCCUAUACUUCAGCAUGGCCGGUUCCCUCGUGUAGAAAGCUGUUUCGGGUACACCUACGCAGGUCCGUUCCUUGUUGAUUCAGACGGACAUCGUUGACGUGUCCGUCACGCCAAUGCUUCUCUGUUUCUUUCUGCUUGGGGAGGGAAGAAACGUUUGACGGACCGUUGGUGUUUUAAAAGAUAUACGGAGUGUGAUGUGCAGGUUUCUUUCAUCUUUGUGCCGUUGAUUCGGUAAUAGCUGCAGAGCGCACCGAGUACGAUAUCCUGCCUUGUAUGAACGGCAUGCGUGUGGCACUUGCUUCCUGCGGACGAACCUCGUGCUUUUGCUAUAUCCAAAGGUUAGGCAUUUUUCGAUUACGACGCUACUAAUAGUGAUGCCUUCCCUACCUUUCGGCGAGAGCCGUCCUGCGCUUAUUAAAUCGCUUGCGUUGCAUUCAGAAAGUGAAACGUGGUGGAGUGUGCCGCAUGACAAACGGUCGAUUUCUGAACGACCUCUUUGGAGCCGAAAACACGUGAGCUGUAUGAACGCUGCGUGAACUGUUGAGCUUGGGAAAUGUCACACUUCAGCUGGAAGACAGCUGUGGGUUGAUCCUGCUGAAACUAUUGCUCUACUGAUCUGCUGGUGGUUUGUGUUUUGCUAAAAAAAAAAUGGAUUAGAAAAAUCGUCAAGAAAUCAGAAACGCCGAACACAAGAAAUGUCAAAACCAAAAUCCAAUCCAUGAGCCGUGCCAUUGACUUCCCCUCGGACUCACUAUGCACCACUUAUCGGGCCAACCCGACGUCUAUGCCCAGGUCAUAUCCCAUUGCGCGGCCCGAUAUUCGCCGCUCUUGUCCAUACUUUUUCUCCCCUUCAGCUAGACGCUAGUGCGCGCGAUACAUAAUUUGCGCCCUCGCCUCCGACCCUAACGUACAUCAUGAAGGCUCCUGAUUUCCACCUCCCUGCCUUCUGAAUCUGAAUAACCGACGCACCCUGCUUUGCUAGUUGCGUCGCACCACCUAUCCUCCCUGAAUGCAACGCGAAGUGCGUUGGGUUUUCUCCUUCUCUCGCCGUGUCUCUUAGUGCUGUUGUUGCUUCAGACCACGACACUACUGCCCACCGUCCCUGCUUGACCGACUGCAUGAGCGGCGCGAUACGUCCCAACUCUGGGUAAACACGUCAAGCAGAUUCAGCAAAAUCUCUGGCGACCCCAUCUUCUCAGCCAUCAGUCCCCGUUCCUCGUCCCGCAUUACUCUCUCUCUCUCUCUCUCGACACUACCGCGCCUCGCCUCUUUUGAUCCGCUUUCGAUGCGCGAAAGGUCACUUCUACUCUGUCUGCCCGCUUUAUUUCGUCCCACGCUAGCCUCAACGCUCCCUAGAAAAGUACGAGGUUCCCUCUCGUGAGACAAAAAUCGGCGUGUACCAAGCCGUUGUCGCAAGCCAACAGCUCAGACGCUCGGCACAGCAAGAAAGACGAGGGAGCGAUUCCCAUCCACGCCACAAGUCUGAAGGCCUUCGUUUGCGCUCUUGUUCUCCCCGCUAUAAUCAUCGGCACGGUGAGCGGUUGCCUUACCAACGGCUUCGUCUCUGCCCUCGCAUGCAGUCUGUCUAUUGCGUUCCCAACAGCCACCACUCUGAAGUGCGAUGUGGGCAGCUCCCAGGCGGCGUUCAGUUUAUGGAAGUACCCCUUCACCGUUUGGCUCUGGUUCUUGUACACUAAACACCUCGCCAUAAACACAGUCAGCUCUCUUACUGCGCUAUCCACACCGUCCUCUCGUACAAAUCAUGGACUCAGAUUCGCUUUAGUUCUUUCAGCUGUCCACGUGUCCCACUUGCUGUGGCAUCCCUUCAGCUGCUCGCGUUCAGGGAGCCGUGCUCCAUGAUCCUGAGGAGCCUUUCGCCUUCAUCGCUCGUUCCCUUCGUCCCGUGUUCGCUUCCUGUUCUGGGGUUACGACACCUUCAAUUCUUUCGCUCAGCAUUCUGUUCUUAAUCUUUUCGCGUCUUCUCUUCACGCGCUUGUCAUGCGGAUCCGUGCGAGGCCAUCCAUUCUUUGGUUCGGGAUUUCUCUUGCAGUAUCAUUUCAAUUAGUUCUUUUCAAGUGUCGCCGAUGUUUUGCAUUCGCCAGUUAUGACUCACGUAUGACGAUUACCCUACGUCCUAUGACUUCCAUCUAGAUAUCCCGUCCGUGAGGGUAUUCUCGCGUCCCGGGAUGUGUUUCGCCACGUGACACCAUCCGUUUUCGAUUUCCGUACGACCAAGCAGUCUCAUGAACAGUUCCGCCCGCCUGUCUCUCGAGUCCCUGCAUCUUUUCACCCAUGAUACCGCCGACACAUCAUCUCCCCCAUCAUGAUAGCUUGUCUGGGUUGCGUCGGCUUUUCUCCCACGACCAAUUGGACCACCCAUCAUGCAAUGAUCAUUCCGAGCAAUUCUAGCGUGUUGAUCGUGAUUGCGCUGGUUUCUGUGGCUUCUGCUUUCCUUUUCAGCUCUGCUGUAAACGCGGGAUUAAAUCGAUACCGCCAGAACACUUUUAGCUUGGGGCAGUGUCCGCCCACUGCGUCGAAGCUAGCAUCCGAUAGGUAUUGACGGAAAGGCGUGCGUUGGACGUGGUUUCAGAAAAACGCGAUAAGCGACCCUCCUUUCUCCGCGAGGUCAACUUCCAGCGCCCAUCUCCAGAAGAAGUCUAGGUCUCCGUGGAACUCCCACCCGGGACGUACCUGCCGCUUCUCUCUCGACUGUCUCCUAGUCUUGUCGUGUAGGCCGGUGAGGCGUAAGAGGUGCCAUACGAACAUUUUCCCGCCCUCAUGACGUACGUCAGGUUCCAGAGUUUUCCUGCCAUACUCAGGACCACUUGCACACUGGCGGAUUCUCUGGUCUGUGGCCAAUCGGUCUCUAGCGCGGUUCUUAUCGCAUCGAUCCUCUCGCGUGUUGUCGCGAUCGUCAUUUGGGUGAUUAUCGUGUGUCCGAGAAUGUCCACUUUCGUUUUCCAGUCUGUGCUUUCUUCGGGGCGAGAAUGGGCGUUUGGCCUGCCUCGACUGGCCCCAAUGACGAGGAGGCUUCCAGCGCUGAAGCGUCCUCUGGCGCAUGUUGUACUUUCAGUAAAGCGAAAUCGUUUGCGUACACCCCGCACGAUAAAUCAUCGCGCGCUUCGCCUCCGCCGAGCGGUUUCACGUUGGCAUCUCGGGGCACUCAGGCAUGUGGUUCGCCUUCCCAUGGCUCGACUAUUUUUACGGGUGACAUCAUUUCGAUCCCUUCGUCUACAGUUGUACGUUGUGCACGUUGGUGAUGCGGUGUGAAUGUUCAGCAGCGGACGCGAUGACUUCCCAAAAACUGGGCGAACCUGCUUAGCCAAACGUCAGUCUGAAGUCGGCGAUUAGUACGUCUCCUAUCACGGCAGAUUUUUUGUGCAUCGUCUGGUGCGACUCUCACGUUUCGGUAAGCGUUGUUCACGUCAGCCGUGGAUACUAGUAUCAUCUUUUCAGGCUAUCUGACUCUCAACCGCGUUAUUUCAGAAAGGAACAGGUAGAGUCUUUCCGUACUAACAGUCGGGUACUUGUGUUUCCGUAUCCACGUUGAAUCCUCCAUUCUGUCCGCGCAGUAGUUCGGGGUCAAAAGAAAAGCCAUUGAUGAUUGUAAUUUUUUUUCCUACCAUAGCCAAGGGUGCCCGAAAUUUGUUUUGAUACACCUACGUACUCACUUUUUUUUUGGGAGUUUUUUUUGGGGGAGGGUACGAAGUGACCAACCCCCCCCCAUAACGCGAUACGAAAUCCUACAAAAACCACGCUAUACUUAUUCCUAUAUAAAGGGGCACCUAUCACGAAGGGGGUCUUUGGUCAUCUGCGUGCCCCCUUGCCUGUGUGGUGCGCGUGUGGUGCGCACUGGCGAGCCUGCACGCUGUGUUGCGUACCAGAAAGAGCAUGGGGGCCGUAGGCCUACACCAGGCGUAUUUCCGGCAGGAUGAUUUGCUGCGGCGACAGUGUGCGAAGAGAAAUCGUAGGUGGCGGAAAGCUGAAGCAAGGUCCGGGUGCCAGAAAAUCUGUAGCUGUUGCACGGCGCAAGGAUAGGGAGGAGGAGGAGGAGGAGGAGGGGGAGGAGGAGGAGGAGGAGCGUAGACUCAUCCCGAAAGGGUGGUAUUCAGAACACUUUGAAACACUCAGCAUUAUAACGCUGAGGUUCCGUCGAGCGUCGGGGUUAUUAGACCACGCGCGGAGAGUGUGUGCUGAUUGCUUCUCUGGGCUCCUCAGCUGUACUGAGAACUGAUUCGGUGAUGUGGUGUGGUUUCUCUCAACUAACACUUUCUAGGCGCAGGCAUUUAGGGCAUAACUCGAGUGACAGUGUAGUGCAGUACCAAUGUUUCAUCUGUUCUACAGGUCAAAUAGCGAUGAUAAACGAACGCCCUUCAUGCGAGCUGCGUCCGCUACGUUGAAUAAAUAUGAGGAAUAUUUUCUGUUCGACGUCAUCUAUCAGCUUCUCCCGCACCAGUUUCAUGUGGGCGUCUAACGUACUGUGAUUUCCGUAUCGGAGAGCACUCGAGGUUUGGCGGCUUGUGCGUUAUCGCUGGCACACCUUUGUCUACAAUAUUGAUUAGAUUCGAUAAAUCUGGGAAGUGUUUUUGGUUCCGAAGUGUUGUUCGAGGUCGCUCAGGUUUAGCGGUGGUGAAACCAAGGUGCCGCCGAUUGACCUCGCGACGUCUCCCAAAUUUCCGUCGUUCGUUUUCAGAAGCAUGCUACCAGUCUUUGUAAGUUCGUGAAUGAUUUCCUGUUUUUCGUCGAGUCGUGUACCACGUGCUAGGCAUUCCUUUUGUUCUCUGAACAUUUCAGCCAGUAGCCUCCGAUGAGGAGGAUGGCAAGGCUUGCCGACCCGUUACUAUACUUCAUUUCGGGUCUUCGGAUCUGUCGGCGUCUGUUUCCCUCUUGUUCUAGGGGUCUUCGUCUCCAAUGCAUGUAUUGGGUCUAGCACUCUUGCGAUCUUUUUCCUGGUGCGAAGGAUCUGCUUCUCCCUUAUCACGGGGGUCUUCUGCAAUUUUCCGCACUAGGACUUUCUCUGUCUUUGUCUCCGAUACAUGUAUUGGGUCUAGCACUCUUGCGAUCUUCUCCCUGGUUCGAGGGGUCUGCUUCUCCCUUAUCACGGGGGUCUUCUCCAGAAUUCACACUGGGUCUAAUAUCUUCUCCCGUGUUACGGGGUUCUUUCUCUCACUUGUUCGAGCUAGCACACGGUUGUUCUUCUCCUUGGUUAGGGGGGUCCAUUCACGCUGGUUCUGCAAUGAUUUCGUGUCAUCGCCAUUCGUGUUUGAAUUACUCAAGCUGGUACGUACUUCCACGAGUACACGGUUGUUCUACUAUUUGGUUAGAGGGGUCUAUGAGCACUGGUUCUGCAGUAAUUUCAUGUUCCUCACUUUUGGUGCUCGAUUUUCUCGGGCGGGUAAUUCUUCUGUCACCGUAGAACACGUUCGGUGCCAC